AUGGUCGAGGAGGAAACGGUGGAUUCCGAAACUGGUCAGGAUGGACCAGAAUCUGACCCUAGUGAUGCCAUUGUCUUCGAGGUUGAGGCUUUCUUGGCUGACUAUGGGGUUAAGGAGGAAAACACUGCAACCUCUGAUGCUUUUGAUGAAGCGGAAGUUGCUGAGAUUCUUGCAGCAACCUGGCGUGAGCGUCGAAGUGAGAUUUCCAAGUUACAGCGCAGUCGAAAGUUUUCUCAGGCAAUGUCGGUGAAGAAACAAUUCACCCGUGAAGCUUCUGACCUGCGGAAGAAGUCAAAGUGCUGGAACUGCGGAAAAGUAGGUCACUGGUCGAAAGACUGUACGGCCCCAAAGUCAUCGUCCUCAAAGUCGGCUAGCUCUGUAGCAGCGGUGGUAGACCAUGCAUCAGCUGCCAAUGUGUCCAGUGAAGUGUUUCUGGUGUCUUCACCUGGAUACGGCAUAGUGGAUUCUGGUUGCAGCAAAACCCUCAUUGGGAAACAAACUUUGGCUGAUUUCAUGAGGUUGUUUCAUCGUUUGAAUCUGCCUGCACCAGCGACAAAGCCGGCCAGCAACCUAUUCAAGUUUGGCAAUGGAAGCGAGGAGUGGUCUGAUCGAGUUGUCAUCAUGCCAGUUGGUUUGUUUGGACGCCGUGGUACAAUUGAAGCGGCAAUCAUAGAAGGCAAUGCACCCCUGUUAUUGAGCAGAGCAACCAUGAAAAGUCUGCAAACCAUUUUGGAUUUUGACAAUGAAACAAUUUCUUUGCUGGGCGCUGGUGCUCAGCCUAUGAAGUACAAUGAAUCCGGUCAGAUCAUCGUCAACAUGUUGGAUUUUUCUGAAUUUCAGGAGUCUCUGUUGGUGAACGCAGUUCCAGAGCGAUGUUCACCUCAGGAAAGAGUUCAGGGUCUUACCAAGCGAGAAGCUCGUGUUUUGUUGGCACAACAACAGUCCUGGAGUAAGUCCUCAAGCCGAUGUUUGGUGGCAGAACUUUUCUCACCACCCAGGUUUGCGGAAGUGGCUCGUGAGUUGGGCAAAACGGGGCUUUCUUACGACAUUCAGCAAGGCUGGGAUUUGACAAAGCCAGCAGUUCAGAAACAAGUGAGCGAGGAGCUUGAUGAAGCUCGCCCUGAUCUUUUGAUCAUCUGUCCAGAGUGUAAACACUGGGGAGGUUGGUAUCGACUCAAUCAGAAACAUCUCAGCAUGGAGCAAAAGCUUCGCAAUCGCCAGUAUGCCAAACGCCAAGUGGAUUUCUGUGUACAGGAGAUCAAACGCCAAGUCAAACGUGGUGGUCGAGUGUUGAUUGAGCACCCAUGGAGCUCUGACAUGUGGAAGUAUGAGCCCAUGGCCAAAGUCACCAAAUCAAUGUUCAAGUGCCGAGCCGACAUGUGUGCCUAUGGAUUGACCGAUUCCGAUGGCACACCAAUCCUCAAGCCCGCUGCACUGAUGGUCUCACAUAGCGAUAUGCAGUCCCUGGCCUUCACAUGCCCAGGACACCAUAACCACACGGUGAUAGCGGGGAAGGGAUCGGAUGGAGAAAACAUCAGUAGCAGAUCUGCUAGGUACACUCCUAAGUUUUGCAAGACCUGGCUCAGUUGUGUUCACUCAGCAUGUCACUUGUGCUCGUUUGCUUGCCUGGAGGAGACGCCAACAGUUGAGAUGUCUGAGAGUGAGAGCAGUGAUGCAUGUCAAGAACCGUCCGAUGCACUGAUUUCCGAAGUCUUGGCAGCCGCCAAGAAUGACCAGCAUUCGAAUUCCGCAGUCAUGCAAUCAUUGCAACAAAAGGGUCCCGACAUGUUUGUUUUCCGUCCAGUUCAGACUCAAGCAGAAGAUCUCAUGGAUGCGUUGCAGGAGAUGUCCGAAGAACAUAGUGAGGCACACAAGCGGCCAGCAUCGCGAGAGCCCAGUGCAGAUCCACCGCACAAGAGCGCUCGUACCGAAAAUUCUUCUGAUGAUUGCCUUUUGGCACAGUGCAUUGCGGAACAGCCUGAUGCAGGGGACUUACUGCAGGCAAACCAAGCCGUCAGACGGGCGAGACAACAAGCCGAUUUGGAAAUCACUGUGCCUUUCAUUCCCCCUCAAGAUCUCACUGUUGUGUUUUGGUCUGAUGCUGCCUUUGCAAACACCCAGUCUUUGCACACGCAGGGCGGUUGGUUAAUGGCCAUGGCACCCAAGAGUUUCUCCGUAGGAGAGGAUGUUUCAAUCCAUUGCAUGAGCUGGCGGUCCUAUCGAUUGCCAAGAGUGGUGUCCUCAACGCUCAGUGGUGAAGCUCAAAGUUUUGCAGUGGCUUCCAGCAUAGCUGAAUGGAUCUUGCUGGUUUUGGCCGAAGGUAGAUACCAACUGGCUGAUGAGCAAACAGUCUUGGAGCGUAACAAGGAAGAGAAGCUCUUGCGACAGCAGAAAGCCCAUGAGAGAGCUGAGAAAAACAAGACUGAUCAUCAAAAGGUUGUUUCCUCAGAGCCAGCUGAGGGAUCUUAG